UUACGUAACAUAUGCAGUUCUUUACAUGUUUAAUUACCCUGCACUCCUUCAGCUUGCUGGCUGAUCUUACGCUGUAUAUUGAACUCUUUCGAGUUUUUGGCUAAAAUGCAAUUUAUUAAUCGUGUGCUGUUAUUCGGAACUCUGACAAGCAGUGGAAUAAUUGGAACGACGUCUGCACAGGUGGAGGACUGGAAGAAUGCCAAAUCUGUUUAUGACUUCAGUGCCGUAGAUAUUGAUGGCAGUGAAGUGUCCCUGGAAAAGUACAGGGGUAAAGUCAUCAUCAUCACCAAUGUUGCUUCCAAAUGAAGCAAAACGCCCGUAAACUACUCUCAGUUUGCAGAAAUGCACGCCAAGUACGCUGAGAAAGGUUUACGCAUCCUGGCCUUCCCCUCCAACCAGUUUGGCAAUCAGGAACCAGGCACCAGUGCACAAAUCAAAGAAUUUGCGAAGUCAUACAAUGUGCAGUUUGACAUGUUCAGCAAAAUCAAUGUGAAUGGACCUAAUGCACAUCCACUAUGGAAGUGGCUAAAGGAACAGCCUAAUGGCAAAGGAUUUCUGGGAAAUGGCAUCAAGUGGAAUUUCACUAAGUUCCUCAUUGACCGAGACGGCCAAGUUGUGAAGAGAUAUUCUCCACUGAAUAAUCCCAGCGUGGUAGAGAAUGAUCUUUCCAAGUAUUUGUAAACUCUGUGUUCCCACUGGGCAAGAUAACUUCUUAGCAUCCCCCUCCCGUUUCCGGGCUUUCCUGUGGACUUCUGUGCGUCAGCGGUGUAACCCCAUGAAUUUGUGAUGGUUUGUCUUGAAACCCGCUCUGCGGAAAAGACAGACCUGAUGCAUUUGGCGUGCACUCCAUCCUGGGAGGAUCACCAGAGCACAACCAGUCAACCGGACAGGAACCUGAUUCCCCCACUACCCUACUGAUGCAUUCACAUCAUGAUAAUUCACAAAGGAGUAUUUCUUAAUACAUUCUUAAUCUCAUAAGAGUUAAACUCUUACAACGUAAUCUUGCAUUUAAACUGGAUUUUUCUGUAUUUAAUGUUGUUCUGUUUCUUCUUCUGUCAUUGUAGACAUACAUAAUAGAUAAUACAGAAUAUGAAUCUGUUGACAUACUUAUUGCCUUCUUCCAAAUGAAGCUGACCCAUAGCUCUUUGCUUGUGGUGUUGCAUUAAAUAACAACAACAAUAAUAAUAAAGCAUCUAAUGUUGCACAUACAUUAAAUCAUAAUGAAUAGCGCUUGUAUUAAGAUUAUUACAAUUAUUAAACUAUAUUUUAUUUUAAAUA